GAUUUUGGAUAGUGUGAUGUGACCCUUGAUUCUGAUAGUUUGUUUGAGCCUAUUAUGGCAAUGCCUGACUAAAACUCACAAGUGAUUCUGUGUGUCUCUUUGUUUCAGCUAUGGAUUGGAGUCAGAUGUUGCAGCUCUCACUCUUCUCACUCCUCUGUCUCACUGGCAACUCCAAGGCAGUAGGAGAUCUCUGUGAGGACAAAGGACGAGAGGUUGAGCGGGUGUUUUCAGUUUCCGGUGAUGCUGCCAUGUUAACAUCCACCCUGGUGGACCUCAAUGUGUUUGACUACCGCAGCAUCCCCUAUAACAUCUCAUGGUAUGACCCAAGGACUGGGAGAGAGCUGACCAGGGAGACAAGAAAGACUCUGCCGCGGGGAAAGACACUGUGGAUUUUUAACAUCGCGAUGGAGGAUGCUGGAAACUAUGAGUGUGUUGUGAGACUACCCUCCCAGUGCUAUAAGAAAUCGGCCUUACUGAUUGUGAACCACACCAACCCAGAAGAAUGCGGUCGACCAGAAAAGGCCGACCAGAACCUGACCAACAAAGCCACCGGUUUUCUGAACUGCCCAUUGAGUGACCAUAUCAGGGAAGUGGACAAUUACUCCAUUCAGUGGUACAAGGGCUGUGAACCCAUUGUGAAAGAUGACCCAUUGUGGAACAGGUUUAGCUAUGUCAAUAACAGUGUUACGGAGUUACUCCUAGUAAAAGCGGUCAUCCCUGAGGACCAUGCGUUCUACACCUGCACCAUGACCUUUAACUUGGAAGGGCUCAGCGGCAGGAUCUCAGAGACCAUCAACGGUAUGGUGGACGAUCUCUGUGAGGACAAAGGACGAGAGGUUGAGCGGGUGUUUUCAGUUUCCGGUGAUGCUGCCAUGUUAACAUCCACCCUGGUGGACCUCAAUGUGUUUGACUACCGCAGCAUCCCCUAUAACAUCUCAUGGUAUGACCCAAGGACUGGGAGAGAGCUGACCAGGGAGACAAGAAAGACUCUGCCGCGGGGAAAGACACUGUGGAUUUUUAACAUCGCGAUGGUGGAUGCUGGAAACUAUGAGUGUGUUGUGAGACUACCCUCCCAGUGCUAUAAGAAAUCGGCCUUACUGAUUGUGAACCACACCAACCCAGAAGAAUGCGGUCGACCAGAAAAGGCCGACCAGGUCCUGACCAACAAAGCCACCGGUUUUCUGAACUGCCCAUUGAGUGACCAUAUCAGGGAAGUGGACAAUUACUCCAUUCAGUGGUACAAGGUGAGUCCUAUGGGGUAAACAGACAGUGCAGUGCAAUGGGAGAGUGUUGAGAGGGAACGCCUGACAGCAGGGGUGGACUGGCCAUGCCGGAUGGGCUGGUACAUUUUUAGCCCAAUGGGAUUGUCUUUAUUUUUUAUUUUUUUUACAUAAUUAUAAUUAUCUGGCUAAUAACCAAAUUAGUUCACCCAAAGUUCACCCAAAUUACAAUGACAUUGGUUUCCUUACCCUGUAGGCCAGUCUAUGGACAAGGUAUAACAACAACGUGCUUUGGUUUGGUUUCCCUUGCACUGUUGUCACAUGGAAGCGUUUUGGCAUUUGUGGCACAAAUCUCAUUCAAGUCAUUUGACCGAUAUUGGCAUUUGUCGCGCAUCAGUAUGAAAAAUGUAUGCACUCACUAACUGUAAGUCGCUCUGGAUAAGAGCGUCUGCUAAAUGACUAAAACGUAAAAUGUAAUCAUGUUCAAAUCAAUUUGAGAUACAUUUGGACAUGAUGUAGUCCCCUGUAGCUCAGUUGGUAGAGCAUGGCGCUUGCAACGCCAGGGUUGUGGGUUCGUUCCCCACG